CAGGAGUCCAGGGUCUUUCAUUGUAGGCUGUUCGGCCAGCCCUUAGACCUAGUAGGAGCUUCUCCUUUUGGGAGACCUCUAUUCAAGGGACACCUCCAUUCAGGGGACACAAAAUUUGGUCCUGGAAAAAUGUUCACAUAAUCUUUGUCUUUGUUACCUCUAUUGAAGGGACACCUUGGACACUUUUUCUGAUUCCAGAAACAUGGUUUUAACUUCCAUUUAGGGGACACCUUAAAUGUAGCAAUCAAAAAGUGACUGACCACAAAAAUCGUUGAUAAGUUUAAUUGUUUACUAGUCUGAAUGACGACAGCUUUCAAAACAUUAAAUCAAUGUACUGCCCUUGUGGGAAUUCAACACACAAUUGCAACAUCGCAGAGAUAAAGAUUAUCAUGAUUUUUUAUGCAUUGUCUAGCUGCUUGAAAUAAUGACUGCACUAGAUUCCAUAGCCUACAGGAGCAGAUGCCUUUUUCGGCUAAAAUAAUAAUAUUAAUUUUAUUUGUUGGUUAAUAAUUAACAAACCCCAGCCCAACUGCCAUUCAGGGGACACUUGUCUUAGUCCCAAGGGUGUCCGCCCUGAAUAGAGGUUUCACUGUACUGUUUCCAUAGCGAACAAUCCCCACAACCCAUCCAUAAGCCCCCAUGCAAGGCAUCCAGGCCCCCAUGACCCUGUUCAGUAGCACAAAUAGGGAGGGAAGGGUAGGGAGAGAGCAAUCAAAAUCCUGGCAAGCAGGCACUACAAAAUCAAAACACAUGAAAUUCCUGUUAAAUUUUUCAUGGUAAAUUCACAGCAUUUUCACAGGUUUUUCAAAGAAUUUUCAUGGGAAAAUCACAAGGUUUUUUCUUGGUUUUUAGCCAUGAGAAAGCCUUGAAAAUUCCAUGGAAAAAAACCAUGAAAAAGCUUUGAAAACUUCCAUAUUCAUGGCCCAUGAAUUGUCCUACCCACACAGAAGAUAAUGAAAUUUCCAGGAAAUUAAGUUCAUGGGAUGUUUAUGACAUUUGAAAAACCCAUGAAUUGAAUGGCAAGUUUUUUCAUGGUGUUUCACUUUAGAUAGAUAAUUCAUGGAAAAUUUAUGGUCCUGAACCAAGGCCAUGAAAUUGACAAUUGCAAUAUUCUUGACCAUGAAAAAAGAUUCAUGGGUUUUUCGUGAAUAUUUCAUGGGAUUUUCAUCAAAGUCACGUUGGUAGUGCUAGCCCAGCCUGUCUUCUCAUAUACAUAUAAACACAAUGAAUUUGAAAUUAGAUAUUGAGCCAAGCUAGCCUGGUAAAGUGGACCAGUCCAGGCUCUAAAUGAAACAAAGAGGAUCAGACCCAUUCAAAAAGAAUUAUCAGCAACAACACUUGGGUAAUGGCUUAUUUUUAGACCAAACUGAGGCCUGAAGGGCUGAAAAAUAUUUUUUUUGAGACCGGCUCUCCCCCCACCCACCCUAUACUGAACGUCUGGAUGUGCCUCUGGGUUGUUUACCCUUUGUAAAAGGUUUCCAGAAAAUCCGGUUUUAAUGUAAAUGAAACACAACUGUUUAGGUUGUUGUAGCGGGAAAUUAAUUUCCGGGGAGCAUUGAAACAAUCUGUAAAGGUGUUUUUCUGGAUAGAAUAUUUCAAAUGGAAAUGUGUGUUCCAUAAGUGAAAAUGGGAUCUUUGAUACCAGUUUCAGGCUUCUGUGGCCUAUUUUAGGUAAAGGGAACUGAUUUCUGCAAAUGGUAAAUUUACUAAUCCUGAAGUUUGCUUACCAUUUGCCCAAACCAUAAACCGACUGGUUUGCCCCUGUAAAUGGUAAACAACCUUCAAUUUGAUGAUCAUUUGAUUUCUGUGGUAAAUAAAAAAUAUACUAUGUAGCAUACCCUCUGCUGAUCACCAUGGCAGGGCCCUGUUUUACCGAUUAAUUCUUUCUUAACCUGUAGAUCUAUGGAGCAGCAGUGACAUUUUUUGAAGUUUUACAAGAGGAGCAACUUACAGAAGAAAGGAAAAAUGCUUUGCAUUUGAAUGAGGAUGAGGUGAACUAGUGAAUUCUCAUGAGCAUGCAGCCAGUGAUACUUUGAAAAUCAUAAUUCCUCUGACUGUUAGCCAUUAUAAGUGAUGCAGAACAGAAAGCAAACAUUCCUUGCACCUAUAGCGAAAACUAUCAAUUUAUCUUGCAAUUUUUCUCAGAGCUGGAAAGUAGCGCACACAAACAAGUGCAUCUGUGUGUUGUCUCACUGGCCAUUUUUUGAAGCCUUCAAGAAGUUUUUAUCGCAGUUGUAUCGCAUUUCUGUAUCAGCACAGCCACUUCCAAUUGAAAGGUAAUGUUAAUAUGAGAGUCAGUGGAAGAUGUGAAAUUUUUUCAUCACUGUUUACCAUAAUAUGUUGUAUUUUCACUGUUUCAUGAUGAAUGGCUCGGUUGAACACAACUGAGCAGAGAAUUUCAUUUCUAAAUAAUUUUGUAGUUGUUAAGGGUCAGAACUUAAUUUUGUCGUAAGGUUUGUUAGUAUGAAAAUAACUGUGGCCAAAUUGUGACAGCCCUGGUUGCACAUACAGCUGUAGUCAGGUGUAUGGGUUUAUGUUCUUUUUAUCUCUGCUACUGAGACAAUAAGUUCUAUAAGACAAAAUUAAUAUUAUCGUUAAAAUUCCCAAUAAAUUCAUGUGGAUCAAAGCUGUUUUUAAGGGAAAUUAUUACACUUAUUAUUACAAUGAAUUAAAUUAUAAAGCUAUAGUACAUUAAUUAAUUGACUAAUGGUGCAAUUACCAGGUUUAAUUAUUAAGUAAUAAUUAAUAAUAAAUUAAUUAGAUUUAUCCUGUUUUUUUUUUUAUAUCAUCCUGGCUGUAGGUACAUAGCAAUUCUGAUGCUUGAUGUUCCUUUCCCUUCACCUCAAAGACCAAGAAUUCUUGUACAGGUACGUACAUUUUCUCUUCAACCUUGUCAUACAUUAACCUUAAAUAUCUAAUUUAGCAACCACUUACAUUAAGCAGCAAUCGUGGCCUUUUGACAUUGCAGGCUCUAAAUCCACAAGACUGUAACAAUUAAACUAUUUCUAUAUUUUUGUCUCCAUAGACAAACAUGUAUGAUCCUUUUGAAUUCUGCCAGCCUUACCACACUCCUCUACCAGUGAGGUAAAUAUCUACCAGCAUUAUACAACAAUUUUAUUGGCGACCAGCUUGCCUCUAAUUUGUCAGCAGCUCACCUCACGAGUGCAGGGUUCACAUGGAAGGCUACUGCUUGAUCAUCACUAAGUAAUUUAGUCGAGGUCGUCCAAGGAAUUUGUAGCAGUUUUUUUGUGGUUUUUUUGUAGCAGUGGCUAUAUCCCCUCUACCUCUCUAUUUUGCCUUCCUUUAAUGUGGAAUCAGUUCGAUGAGUGCUUGAAAUUUGAGCUCAUGGCUGGGUUAUGAUGAUUUGCCAUUAAGAGGGACAGUGUCGUGUUGGAGGUGGGGGGGGGGGGGGGCUGGUCACAGUAGAAUCCUCUUGAUACCCUAGGCACCCCCAUGUCACUUAAUUGAUUGGGGGUGAGGCAGUGGGUUUUGUUGAUUCUAAACAUAAUUAUUUACUAUGGCCGGGGCUUAAAGGAUUAAAACAAAAUUGUUAUGAGUAGGAAUUUGACUUGGAUGAUUUUCUUUCAGUGGUGCAUCUUACACAGCAAUGCUUCGCUACCUUCAUCCAGACAAUGCCAUGCUACUGUUCUAUCUUGUGCUGACUGAACACAAAGUGCUGAUUCACUCUCUUAGACCAGCUCUCAUGACAAGUAUUGCUGAAGCUAUAACAACAGUGAGUAGAUUCAAAAUGGGGACAAGCUCCCAGGGAGUUAUUCAUACAGUUUUUGUCAAAUACCCAAAGUAGAAUACCGUAUUUCCUUGAAUAAGACUUAGUGCCCUAUUCCAAAUAACUGCCCACUCCCGAGGCCAUUGUCAGUAACCUCCCCCUUUGAAUAAGUGCCCCCUCCCCUCCCAUCCCCCUCUCUUUCUCAAAUAGUAGGGAUACAAGGGAAACCAGCUUCUUCUGCCAAUUUAUGUCUAACUUUUUAGGCUUCGACUUCAGCUAAAUCAGUAUGGAAGAAUAGUUUCUUUUCCGUUAAGUCAGUUUCAGUUAUUUCUAUAUCCAUGUGAAUGCUUGCAGAGUUCCUUUAUGUGAGUAAUCUCUUCUUUUAAUUGUUGUCUUUUUGGCUGCACUCUUGGUAAAUGGCGUAAACUUCUUGGUGCCCCCACCGAUUAAGCGCCGUCCUUUGAAGAAGCACCUCUCCUUUUAGCUAAAAUUUGAAAUAAGUACCUGGUCGCUUAUUCCAGAAAAUACAGAACUUGUUUAAAAUGAUCAUUUUAAGAUUUAAUGGCCACAAACAUUAAAGCUUUGAAAAGAUUCAGGGUAGAUGUAUCUAUGUAUUUUGAUAUCGUGGGGCUAAGUUGGCUUUGAUGACUUUUGUUACUAACUGCAUCCUUAGUUUUCAAACAUUGCAUGUAACAUUGUGAAAUUAUGUUCACCCUACAGUAUAUUCAUCUGCCACUUUUAUGGAUCCUUGUUCCCUCCUACAGCAACUCUAAAAGAGUUAUUUUUAUCUCCAGCCCAGUCAAAAUGUUUUACAAUAGUAGGCAGGAUAACUAGAGUAGCAGGUGGCAAAGACCUAAAACUUUUAUGUUUUUGUAUUAACUUACAGCAAGGAGCCCAUUCUUUCCUACAGAUGUAAUCCAAUCAGAAGCCAGCUGGAAACUGUCCUUGACUUCUGAUUGGUUGAUGUCUGCUUGAAAGAAUGUGAGUUGAUUAAAGGAGGUCACACUUUGUGCUCCUUGCUUAAGUGUUGAGGGGGUGGCAGACAUUCCAAUUAAAGUGGCAAAGUUGCUGACUGCUGGCUUAUUUGGACUGGACUGUGUCUCUCUAUUGGAUACUUAACAAUUAUGAUCAUUGAAAGUUUGAUUUUGUAAUGUUUUCUGAAAUUGUACUGUUCUAUUUCAGCUGCUGUUUCCUUUCAGCUGGCAGUGUCCGUAUGUGCCUCUCUGUCCUUUGGGUUUAAAUGAUGUUCUUGACGCCCCCUGUCCUUUUAUUGUUGGUAAGCUAACAUCUGUUGUUCGUGUAUUUCUCUUGAAAUGAUUUUCUUUGAUGUCUGGCUAAUUAGGUUUUAAAAUUAAAAUUGAAUUAGUAAAUUAAAUCCAAGUGAAGUAGCGAUAUUGUAGUGGUCCUGUCUUCCUGUCAAAGUCAAGUGAGGAAGUACAGAGAAGGAGUUCAGGGGAAUUAGAAGCAACUAAGAAUGUAAAAAAACUCGUAAUUAAAUUUUUUGAGGAUGAAUCUGAAUCUAAAUGCUAUCAACAUGUGCAACCGAUGGUCGUUGACCAACUUCUUAACAACAAACUUUUCACCAACACCAAGACCAAGCGCGAAAGAACACUUGUGGUAGCCUUUAAUCAUCACUUUUAGAAUGGUUAGUUUCAAGGUUGGCUUCACAUUAUCUACCCUCUCUGACGUCAUUCUUGCCUGUUUACUCGUGUUUGAAAUUGAAGCCAAUAAAUAACUUAUUUGACCUCAACGCCUUGUUUGAAACCAGAUGAAACUGGUUUUAUGUUUGAUUGGCAAAAUUUGGGGAUGACUUUGAUUAUGUUCGAUUACCAAACCCAAUCAAAUUCAAUCAAACGAUUAAGUUCGAUUACCGAACAUUCGAUUGUCUGCACCGGGUCUAAUGGACACGCUGGAAUUCAAUGCCCUGACGUCAAACAAACCAAUUAUUAGAGAGAUUUGAGGUGAUGUUACGCGGUACGAUUCGCAUCGGCCAUUUUUAGCGCAACACAGCGUUCCAACGUUGAACAAUGUUGUAACUAUUCCAAACAAUGUCGCAGCAAAGUUGUAGCACUGUGUUGCGCUAAAAAUUGUCGUUGCGAAUCGUCUUCGUGUAACAUCAUCUUUACAGUCACGUUUACGGCAAACGGCAAACCUGAGUUUGUACCACAUGACCAAGUUUUCUCUUUGCUUGUCGUUUACUCUUUAUGCCUUCUACCGAAAAAAUGAGUAGUUUCACGCUAUUUUUAUCCAUAACAGUUGUUUUUGAGGUGUUUUCAUCCGCUCAUUUCCUAUUUUGAGAAUUUCGCAACUGGAAUUUGAUGUUCGCUGUCUGGCGUAAACGUGUCUCUAAAUCUCACUAUCAUUUUACUGUUGUUGCUCGUAGGAAUUGAUUCACGUUACUUUGGUCAGUAUGAUCCUCCUGACGAUGUAACCUGUGUUGACCUUGAUACAAAUAUGAUUUCAUUGUAAGUAAUACCUUUAAUCAGCGAUCUGUCCAUAAAAGGAAUUGGCAGAAGAAGUUCAUCUGGGGCAAGGUGUAAUCAUAUCCACAAAACCAACCAACGUGUUUAUACAGCUAAGACUGACUUUCACUGCUAAGCUUUAUUUUUAUUUUUCUGUGCGUAUUCUGGGCUUAGAGACACCAGGGUAACUUCUGUUUGUCUAUUUUUUUGUGUUUUCCAAUUAUAAAUAUUUUAAUUAGAAUAAAUUCCGAACACUGUUUUCGCUUUACAAUUGAUAAUUAUUUUAGUCAGACCCACGAAACCUACAACUGGAGUUCCUUAUGAGCGCUUAUCCACAAAAAAAUGUUAUUUUUUUUCUUACUUUGGUUGGAAACGUUUACAGGGGACCAGUUCAGGUUUUAUAAUUUAAGUUUCUUGAACCCUAAAGUGCUCGCUUGCAAAUCAGGGCUACCGCUUUGAAAACUUAAAUUUUAUCUUUUUUCUUUUUCAUUAGGGAAAAUGAACUCAAGAGUGCCAGUUGGAAAUCCCUUCCAAAAGUGAGUGAAAAUCAUUGGGAUUUUCUGGUUUCUGUUUUAGACGACAUUGUUUAAAUUGAAGUCACGAAUAUAUGAAAAUCAUAUAUGAGAACUGAGGGGUGAAGAAUUCUAUGAAAGAAGAUCAUCGCAGUUAUAGACGCAACUUUAGUAGAUGCGUACGGCAUUCGAACCCUUGACCUCUGCGAUACCGGUGCAGCGCUCCUCCAGAUGAACUAACAAGGCAGUCGAGCUCUCAUCAUCACCCUUUCACGGGUUUAAUACUAACCAAUUCAACGACCUGCUCCUAGAUGGCUUGUUAGCUUAGUUGGUAGAGCGUUACACCGGUAUCGCAGAGGUUCAAGGUUAGAAUCCCGUACAAGCCUGAAUUUUUUUCAGGCUUUCUUCCCGCAACUUCAAAAAUUGCGUCUAUAACUGUGAUGCCGGAUCUUCUUUAGUAAAGUUGUUUAAUUCCCGUGUUCUGUUGCAGAAACCAGGGAAGGCCUUGCAGGAAAGGUUAAAUGAGCUCUACUACCAGUUAUAUCAACUCUACCACAAAGAACGAGAAAGUGAGUAAUGUUAUUAUUAUUUCACACCAAAUAUUUUUAUUCUCUGUGCACUGCAAACAGAGAGAGGAAAAGUUGGAUGAAAAGAGCUUAGAGUUAAAAUCACUCUUUGGUUAAUAACUGGGUAAAGUAAAUUCCUACACUUCCAUUUUCCGUAUCAAUUUAAGUUUAGUAAUGUUAGUGAAUGUCUUCCCUUUUUUUCAGCGUCUGGUGGAGACAUAACUGAGACUGCUAUAGAGUUGGCACCACUUGACCACGAUAAUUCGCAUUCAAGAAAAAGAGUGAGCUGCUUUUAGAUUUUUUUUUUCUCAUGUUGGUACAACUAGCAUUUUAAUCCUUUCACGUCCAGAAGUGGCCAAAGGAAAAAUUAGACAAAACUUCCAAAUUUCAUUUUGUAAAAUGCUGAGUAACAAAUGGUAUCAUGUUAAAGUACCGCUGAAGGGGUUUUAUUUGAAUGGUCACACCAUAGGAUUUGAUUUACAGUCUCAAAAGUUAGAACUGCAUUACGUGACUGCCACAUUCACUCUGGUUUGUUUCAUUAUAGCAGCAAAUUCUAGUAAGAGGUCGCCAUUCAGAAGUUUAGCGUCUGUUUACAGUUUUUUAUUCUCUCUCUUUUCCUUUUUAGCUUCAAAUCGAGGUUGCAAUUCAAGAUGCGUUCUUACGAUUCAUGGCCACGAUCCUCAAAGGUUAUAGGUGCGUGACAACUGUUGCAGCUAUAUGUUAUGUAAAAAUUUAUUUGAUUGUUUUAGUGCAAUACAGUCCACUGCCGUAAUAGCUGUGGGGGGGAGGGGGGCGGGGGGGGGGGGAAUUCCUCGGAAAACAUUUGCAUUCGAGGGGUAAAAUUUAUUUACAUUUACGAUAAGUUUGAUUGAUGCUCAACAUACGCUCAAUGUCCGCCACUCUCCCCUGUCUGGUCUUUGAUACUUCUCGAAGAACUCUUCUGGGGGGGAAGGGUGAGGUCUCAUUUUCUCGAUCAACGGCUUGUAAUCUGAGUUAGGGCGAUUUUUGUAAGAGCUUGACAAAUGGUUUCGGUAAGUGUUCGUUAUUUGUUUUUUCGGCCAAUGAAUGAAAAGAUCAAAACAUGGACUCUUCGUUUUCCCGCCAAAGAAAGCCCUAAUAUGGAGAAGGCAUUGCUCGAUGAGCCGACCGUGUUGCAGUAUGACGUCAAAGUGAAGUAUCGAUUGAUUUCUAGAAAGUUCUCGAGCAUGACGUUUUUUUCAGCCGAGCGUUCGCUUAACCAACCAAAACCCACGCGCGUUUGUAUCCGUUCGAUAAAACAAUCAAAUCGCUCUAUUUCCGCUCGUUUUUUGUUUCUGUUUUGUUCGCGCGUUUUCAUUUCAAGGUCAUACGAAAAUCGGUCUAACUGCGGUAAACAAGAUUGGGAAGACGAGGAGACGGGCCAGAAGUGAAAAAACAGCGUUGGGUGGAAAUGUCCCAACUAUUCAGUUUUUUCUGAGACUGUAGUAUCGAUCCAUCUUCACCAUAUGCUUGGUUAAAAACGUUCAUGUCUUAAUUUGUUACGUUACAGGGAUUACUUAAAGCCGAUCACGUCUGCACCGACGCAAGAGACAUGUGACUUGACAUCUCUGUUUGAUCUCGAGGGUAUGUUUAUAUAUAUUUUCUCUUUCAUUUUCUGCGUUUUUUUCAAGUUUUGACUGGGACCAAAUAAGGAAAAUCCGGCAAAACGGCUGGAAAGAACGCCUUACUGUCAGUCAAAUUGCUUAGUUUAAAUGUGAUUUUUUGAAACCGACUACCGGAGAUAAAACUCCGCAAAUUCGCGGAAUUUUACAGACGUUUGUAUGGUCGGAGUGGGGUAAGUUUGUGCACCCCUACUAUCACCCUACAAGAAAUAUCGGUAAUUUUCGUGUCUUUGUGUAGUAAUAUCUUUGCUCGCUUUGGCCGUAUUACCUCAAACUUAGUUAACAUUAUAAAUGCAAUAUUGCAGCAGAUAUUGCAUUUACUAAUUGUGAAUUGAUUUUUCGACCAAAAUAAGGUAAUUUUUAAAAUAAGACCCUUUUCUUAGCAGUGUCAAUGAAUAUUCGCUUACUGGUCGUUAUCUUUAUUAAAACUUGAAAAAAAAACCGUGACAGGGUCUGUUUCCUCAGAUGCCCAACUUUACUCUUUCAUGUAAUAAAUUAUUUGGGUCUUUUCAUGUUUUUACAUGUUUUUGUUAUUCUUUUUUUUUUGGUAGGAUUUCAGAAGAGUCGCCCAAGUUCCCAAACAAAGUUCUUCCAGACAUUAACCAGGACGCAGAUGUUUAGCCGGUUUAUUGAACAAAGAUCAUUCGUAACCUCUCAAGAUUCCUUACUGGCGUUCUUUGACAACUGUUUGGAGAAAGUAAGUUUAUGAUAUUCGUUACGACAUUUGUGGUCGUAUGUCUUAAUCUGAAGCAGUACUGUCAUGACUGCUCAUCGCCACUGCUGUUCAGGUACCCAAGAACGACACCGUUGGGAUUUGUACUCACUGUUCAUUGCUCCUUGUAAGGGAAUCUGAAGUCUGGAAUCUGGGAAAUUUUGGCCUGUGGAAUCUGGAUUUCGGGAAAGUUUUGCUUGUGGAACCCGGAAUCCUGGGCUUUGGAAUCCAGAAUACAGCUCAAGGAAUCCGGAAUCCCACUAACGAUGAGAAUUCAGAAUCCAAGUCAGUCCACUGACAAAGACUGGGAUGCAGCACCUGGUCUCCAGAAUGCAUUAAAUGGAAUCCGGAAUGCAAUCGAGAAUCCAAGCAUGUCUUGGAUUCCCUUACAUUGGUCGAUGUCCAUCUAAUAGUUGUGUCCUUUCUGGGAAUAAUUUCUCUUGCGUUUGGUCCAAAUUCUUUUAAUUUCCGUCGCCGUUUUGAUUUCUUAUUAAUAUCCUGGGUGACAAAUUAUGCUCUCAAUCGUGGGUUUUUUUACUUGUUUAUCGUAUCGAGAACUCCAAAUCCACGCACUGUAAAAUUUAGAUGGUAAAUUUUGGCUUAAACUCAAAUUUUCGACAAAAUACCUGUUAGAAUUCUCGUUGAUGUGCUCUUUCUUGUGUUUAGGUUUUUCUAAAGCGUCUUUUAAUGCCCUGACAUCUUCACUCAUAAAAUUUUAAAACCUUGAUGCCAUCCUGGCACUGAGACAUAUUGCCGUAGCAAUUCUGCAAUUUCACAUGUGAAAUUAUAAAUUGACGCUAAAAGUUCGCGCCAAAAUUAAAGAGAAGUGACUAAUCUGUCGCCCAUGAUAGUGUGGUUGUUUUGUAUGGCUCAGACUUUAAGUUUUUGCCAUGUCACCGUAUCGACAAGGAUAGGAAAGUCGCCUUAACAACAUGCAGAGUCCUUCAAUUCCCUCACAUAGAGAGCGCUGUUGACAGUAGAAGACAUCAGAAAUUUGACGAUAAUUCGCAAGUACUCGGAUAUCACGUUUGCGGACUCAAAACUCUGCAAGACAUGCUGCAUCAUCUAAUUCGUAGAGGUCAAAUAGAAAAUUAUCAGGAUUUUUAGACCUCUAAAAUUCAAUAAGACUUAGGCUUAAAACGUCCCCAUCAUCGAACAAGUUUUCGGCAUAGCAUUCACGAGUUUCUUUAAAAGAUGCCAUCCGUAAACUUUGUGUUCGUUCUAAGUUUACCCAAGCUUAAAAGUUAUAUAUUUCGGGCCGAAAGCAAAGUUUAUCUCGUGUCGCCCCAGUCUUUUUGGGGCGCAUACGUCAUAAUUUCGUCUUCGUUUUCGUCCCAGACGCUGUUGCUUAUAAGGUUCCUAAUGUCUGACUAAAACUGGCCGAUGCCCGACGCCAUCUGCGGUCGGACAUUAUGUCUGGCCAAAUUUAAUGCCAAAGACUUAAUUUGCAGAUGAACAAGAUGUAAAUCGUUGCGCUAACGAAAUAGCAGAUACUGACCAAAAUACUGUCUUAGUCGGAAGAGUGUCCCCUGAAGAAAGAAAAAUUAUUUGGAGCUAUGUAAAGUGGCAAAACUUUACUAAAACUAAAAUUGAAAUUGUGUCCACCUUAUAGAGUCUAAGAAAAAUCCGUUAGCCAGCUUGUUGCGAAAACCUCAUUUUAUGACCAAAUCCUCUUUAAUCUUUGUACGCCAGUUUUCCGCCAAUAAGCAGAGAAAAGCCUAAAAAAAAAUUGCGAUAUGCAACACACAGUGCAUAUUUUCCUUAUAUUUUCCUUUAUAUAUUAACUUAAGCGAAACCAUCACCCUUGAAGAAGCUGGUUUAUCAGUGUGUGUUAUUGUUGUGGUUGCAGCUGGACUCAUCACCAUUCAUCCCUCUGAUUGAAGUUGAUGACUCGAUCACUAGGUAAACAUGAUUAACAUCCUUUCACUUCUUGUAAUUGUCAAAGUCGAAAUUCUAUGACAAAAAUCCCAGACUUUUAUUUGAUGAAAUUCUAACGGUUGAAUAUUACUUUGCGGAAGCACACCAAAGGUGUUGCCAUUAAUUGGUCACAGAACUUUGUAAGUAUAAAUCUGUCUGGAUUUGAAAAAAGGUACCUCCAGGAUUUUUUAACAACAAUCUCAUUUGAGGCUUGUUCAGUACUUGGUGUUGACGACUUUUCGUGUGUUUCCAGCGAUUAAUUUGUCCUUUUUAAGCCCUAACUAGCGACUUUCAACUCUUUUUUAUUCACCACAAGGGUGAAAUGUUUAAGGCGCACUUGAAAUUUCUGUACGUACCCUUUUAUAAAUUCAAACAGAAAUAUGUUGAAAUGUUCGCGUAAAGAUGGCGAGAUUGAUCAUUGCCUAGAAUAUGUAGUUUGGUUUUACUAAAGGCGUAGUCUCUUCUGUCUUGUGAGUUUUUUGCUUGAAGCACUAAGAAACGUUCUGUUGUUUUACAGAGGUGGACAGAGGACAUAUGUUGUCACGCCACCCGAUGUCUCCACCAUGGACAAGGGAAAGCUCUAUUCGUAAGUAUCAACUCGAGGACAAGUGUUUAUCACACACAGUGCACAGUCCCCUACUUUUUUUCCCGUAGGAUCGUCAAGAUCGAGCGCUCAAGGUCACUAGCAGCCAUUUUGUAAUUGAUUUUAAAAGUACCAAGGGGCCGGGCGUCGGGGUUUAUAGCGGUAGGGAAAGGAGGAAGGAAGGCGAGAAAAAAGAGGGACUGCUGAUAUAUCACUGCAACUCGCAUUCAAGGAGCGUGUUGCUCCAGCAACGCAGGGAUCUGAUUGGUUAUUAUUCUCAUUAUUGGUUAUUGGUUAUUUGUGAUGAUGCGACAGACCCUCUAUUUUUUCUCACCUCCACCCAAACCUCCUCCUCCCCCGCCCCCUAAGUAGAUAAGAAGUCAUCUUCAAGCUAGAUGGCCAGUAAGCGCUCGAUCUUGACGAUGGCUUACGGAAAAACAGAGGGCCUGUGAACAGUCUGAAAAAUGCCAUGAGAAAUGUCCAGAAAGUCGCAUAAGAAAACUAGGCGCCUCCGAGCCCGUUAAUUCCCCUGUUUACACCUCAAAGAAUAUUAAAGAGUUAACUUAACUCAAUCAUAGAGAGAGUCUGCAGAACAGGCGUCAUUUUUCCGCGUUUCUCGGGCGAGACGCGCAACUGGGGCCUUCCCCGUGUCUCGCGCUCCACGCCCUCUUGGAGCUUGCCCUCGCUUGGCUAAAAAAACGCGAAAAAAAUAACGCCCAUUCUGCAAGCUAUGGCAGAGACAGCAUAUCAGUUUUCCUAAUGUUUUAAUUUGUUAAACCCUCAAUUAACCUUCAACAGUUAUGAGUGUCGUGAGAAGGUGAGUUAGUGCGGUGGGUCCUGUUAUAACUGGUGUAUGUAGAAAAAAAAGGUCUUAACUUCGACUGUAAUUGAAGCCUAGAGUGAUAAAGCUGUUUUCAAGUGAGCACUGAAAGAAAAUAUAUACCACUGGAAAUUGCUUUUCCCACCGUGUGUGUAGUAACAACUUUUAAUUUGUACUUUUUUCUUUCUUUAACAGAUACCCAGUGUUUCCGGUGUUGAAUGUUCAACUCAUGAAGCCAGAGAAGUUAUCCCUUCACGCACAGUCAAUAAUGACUCCGCCGGUUUCUCCUGUGGCCAGAAGAACAAGAGCAGAAAGGCACCAAUCUGUGCUGGUAACGAAAACUGUUCACAUUUCGUGAUAGAAAUGAGUGUUGGCAUAAGGUUGUGUAUGUCAGAAAACCCACUGCCUCCCUAGAAAUUUGCCCCGGACCACUCGUCCCCGAUUUUUAGACAACUCGCUCGCGAUUUCUCUGUCUCCCUCGAUAUGAAAACCCUAAUGCUAACUCCUUUCCAUGGGUAAUUGAUACCCUGGGGAUUAUAAAAAAAAUAAGACUGUAAAAGAGGUUACUCAUGUUCCCUUUGAUCCCCGCACUCGAGGCCGCAAAAGUAACGAGUUUAGCAACCCACCCUCCCACUCGACGAGAGAGUCGGGGUUGAUCGUGCCUCGUUUCUACUUUCGCCCGGUCUUGGGCUUGUCCCAGCGAGAGUGAUUCCCCAUACCUUAUUACCACGCCAAUGAUAACAAUGCCUACUGUUUAACAUUACAUUUUAGUAUAUACACACUCAGUGAUCGUGGUAAUUCAAGCAAUCUGAUUGGUUAGCUAUCUCGGACUAUGACGUUUUAGUAUAUACACACUCAGUGAUCUUGGUGAUUUAAGGAAUCUGAUUGGUUCGCUAUCUCGGACUAUUCAACAAUAUUCACCUCCUAGCGAGUGGAUAAUGUGUGAGCUCGGUUUUUUCCCAUUUUUUUAGAGAACGAUCUUUCAAAAGUCGACAAAAUCCUAGGGCUGACUUUUUUUCAGACAAGAAAAGACUUGGAAGGACUCAAUACGGCGUUUUUCAAUUUACUGUAGCUGAGUUUUGUGCUCGAUGGAUUGUUUACAACUCCCGUGUAUUCGCGUAGAAGAAGCCGUUUCGUGAACCCAGCGUUUUCUAACAAGAAAAUUUUGGCUAAAAAAUCGAAGUUUAUUUAUGACGAACAAAUUUAAAAGGAAAUGGUUGCAGAAAUUCUACGUUUCAAGUAAACAGGAAAAAGAAUGAUACAGGAAGACGACGUCUUACCUCGAGCAACCGAGGCGCCUUUUUGUCAGCACUUUAUGCGAAGAACGACACAACAAACCCUUUUGGCUAUAAACUUGGCUAGUCAACAGAAAACAACAAAGCUCUACUUUUCUUCUCAGGUAAAGAAACAGUUCAAACUUUUAGCGGUUCCAUUUAAGCCAUUACGCUGUUGUUUCCGAAAUGAUAAACUUGUGAAUUGCCAUGUUUGAAAAUUCUGCAAAGAUCUAUUCUUAAACUUACGCGUGAUUUGAUCUGUCAAUCAAAUCGUACUUUUUAAUGGUUUCCUCUCUGCUUUUGUUGAGGUCACUUCGUGUGUAUAUACUAAAACAAUUAUUCUUUUCAAUCUCGGUGAAUAGUGGCUUUGGGAAUAUUUACCUCGCCGCUUUCGCGGCUCGGUAAAUAUUUGGCCACUAUUCACCUCGAUUUCAAAGAAUAAUUGUUAAAUAUUCACCGCGCUAGGCGGUGAAUAUAAAGCAGAUCAAAAUCGCUGUCAUGAACUGGGUGUUUUGCCAAAGUUGAAACAGGCUAGAAUAAACUAAAACAAUUAUUCACCUCAGGCUCAGUUAAUAUUGAUGAAUAUUCCCCUCGACCAACAAAUACAAUAUUAACUUCGCCUUCGGCGAAUAAUUGUUAAAUAUUACUGUAGUUAAAUAUUUUGCCCUGUGUGGCUAAUUGUCUGUGGUGUAGGAGGGGGUGGGGGUAGGGCAAGCUGUAUGUACACGUUCACUAGCUUAAAUGGACUGGCUUAGACAUAACUUUGUUCACAGUGUCAUUUGUUUAGCGCUUUAUGUUCAUUGUCUUUCUUUUGUUUGUAGAUGGCAAAAAAGAACGCUGGAAGUCCUAUUUAUUGGGCAAAGUACGUUUAAUGAUUUUUUUCUUACUGUUGUUGUUUGUGGCUGUUGAGUUUCUCUUCAAGAUUUUUCCAGUCAGUGUAUAGUGCAUUGUACAGCCUAGUAGUUGUGGGCAAAUCAGCAGCUCGUAAAAAAACAAUAAGUUACUCGAAACAAAAAAUGUAUAUAUUGAUAGCAAACGUUUUUCAAGAAAGCAAAAUGUUUCAUCAGUCAAUGUUUUUCUGUUCGAAACUUUACGUAUAACACCCAGGAGACAUAUUUGUUCGACACAAGUUGUUAUUUUGUUUUGUCAUCUACCAGCAAUUUUCUUUGUUUCCAUUGUCGCACUUUGCAAUAAACAUGCGACCUCAUCUCGAGACGUCAAGUCAAAAAUAUGACUAACAUUUACAUUUUUCGCCUCUUUUAACACUCUAACGGACAUCUCAGGAAACGUAGGCUUUAUUCAGCGGGUUUAAAAGGUCACAGAAGCAGGUUGUACGUAACUGGUUGAUUUCGAUCCAUGUCGUUGAUUUCGUUCCGUGAUAAUUAUGAUUGACAACUAACUUUCUCGACUGUAUUGUUAUUUUCCCAUCAUCCAAUUGGUCAACCUUGUCUAGGUGGCCCCGGUUCUGGUAGUCGCACAUUGCGUUUACAGUCGGUUUUCUUUUCUUGACAGGUGCUUGGUGGCUCACUGUUACAGUCUCUGGUUUAUUCACCUGCCGGCAUAUGUUAAAGUUCACCACAAUAAAGCUAAAGUGUUGCAUGUGGCUUUUGAGGUUAGUCGAAAUGAUUAUUCGGGGAUAGACCGUUCAUAGCCCCGUAUUUUUUUCCGUAAGAUCGUCGAGGUCUAGCAAUCACCGUCACUGGCAGCCAACUUGUAAUUGGUGUCAAAUGUGCUGAGGGGGCGGGCUUCGGGAAUUAUAGAGAUGGGGAAGGGAGGCGAGCCACGGAGGUGACAGUGACCGAUCGUACGGAAAAAUGGGGGACUGUGAAUAGUCUUGUGAACAAUCUAAUUCGGUGACAUCUGUUAAAGUUAAUUCGCUCCUUGUGGUUUCAAACACAUAACAUAUUUCAUUUCCCCCAGAUCUUGUGCAAGAUGCAGAAAAAAAAGGUCAAACUUCCAGAUGAGGUAAGUCUUCAAGUGAAAUGUAACAUUACUAAUUUUGUGACCUUUGUAUCCCAGAAUUCGCUGUGCCCGAAGACAGAUGGCUGAUCUCCUAAGUUUGCUUAACCUGUGAUCGGGCGGUCCGUCUUCUCGUUUAUUUGCGUAUUUAUGUUUGCUACGUGCAUGACUACGUCGAUUGCAAAACGUGUUGCGAUCGCGAUCACGCGAUUCGGUGUCCUGGACACCUGAACAGAUUGUUUUUCGUUCGUUGCACGUGGUCGAGAAAGGUUUAGUUUGUCGUGAGAAAGUUAAAAGCGUUUUAAAAACUUUUGACCAUAGUUUAUUUCAAUCACGUCAUCCUAGCCUUACAGUUUCGUUACGCAUUAUGCAUACCACAGGCCUAACGACUGAGGACUCAUAAGAUACCAAGAUCGGUUUACAGCAUUCUUUCUUGAACCUCGGCACUUCGUAGUUCGUUCGGAAGCCUCGCUCUCCGACGACGUCACCCUUUGGGUGUUAGUCGUUCUUGUUAUCUUGCAACCAUUGUAGGCGUCAUUCAGCAUGAUUGCAUGGUGCCACGGUCGGUCACGUUUACUUGUGCAGCUACGGUUGCACCACGAAAAAACUGGAAUCAAGGUCAAACGUGACGCCAAUUCAUGUGUUUGUUGUGGUUAGCAAAAAGAAAGCACUAUAGCUACUGAGGUUGACGAACAAGAGAAGUGUAUUGUAUUAUUGUUGAUUUAUUUCUAAAUUCUCCUUAAACAGGUGUGUUAUCGAGUGUUAAUGCAACUUUGUGGCCAGUAUGGUCACCCUGCUCUAGCUGUUAAGGUAAGCUUUUUUCAUUGUUGAGUUUUUUUUAUAGCCUGCGAUUACAGCCCUCUCUCCUCGCUUCUAGCGGCGAGGAGCGAGGAGAGAGGGUUGUAUUCGCAGGCUAGUUAUUGUAUUUCAGGUUUUUUAGGGACCUUCAGCUAAGACGUUUUUGGGCGACGCACGUCGACCGGAAGUGUAGCCUGCGUCGCAUGCGUAAUUCAACCCCGGUUAGUAACAUCGGCGAAGCAGUGCCCAUAUCCUUGUUCUGGGCCUCCAACGGACUCAAUGAAUUACCGGAAAUACUUUUCGAAUUUCCCUUCAACCUGAUUGGCAGAUAGACAGUGGCCUUAUCAACAGGCCAAUCAUAGCGCGUACUCAAAUCCUGGUACACAGGUGGGGACCCAGAACAAGGAUUUCGGCGCUGUUUCGCAGACGGACUGUGGUGCAGGCUACCGGAAAUGAGCCCUUUCCCCCUUUAAUAUGCCUUGGGGCGCUACCAAAUUUGUAUUGUUAAAUGUCUCUACUCUUAUACAGACGAUUUGCCCGAAAUUGUGUUCAAAACUACUGCCCAAGAAUGCAAAAUGUCCACUUCCGGUUGGCGUGCGUGUCCUUAUACUCCUUGCCGACUUUUCCCCACCCGACGUGCGUCCAAAUUCAAGAAAAAAUUUUGAGUUCCAUUUUCAAAAAUACAGAACACUAAAUAAUGACGUAUGAAAGUACUGUUGAAAUGGUUACAUUUGAAAUGUUCCGGGCUUAUCCCUGUCUUGUUAAACAGGUUUUGUUUGAGAUGAAAAACCAAGGGAUAACUCCGAAUGCUGUUACAUAUGGGUAUUACAAUCGGGUAAGUUCUCUUUUGUUGUUAUAACAGUCGUUUUAAGCGUUUCAAGGACAAGAACUCUUUCAGAGCUCUGCUUCCAAUGUUAGAAGUAUUCUCUGUACUUUCCUAAAAAGAAUGCUUUAAUAUUGUGUUGUGUUACUAUACAGUGAAACCUCUCGGGACCGAGGCAUAUGUCCCUGAAGGGACGUUGGUCUGGAGUUUGGUAAUAAUUUACAAAAAAAAGGCACUAUUUAUAUGUUUUUACUCUCUCAGAAUCUGCUGCAGUCAUUAUAAAGCACUUAGAUAUUUUUAAAAAAAUCAUAGUUAACAUAUCUCUGCGAUAUUGUACGUUGAUUUUCCAGGAGUGUAGUGCACCGAUCUAAGUGAGAUAGUUCAGUUUGUGAAAGCUGACAUCAUUGUGAUUAGUUUAAACUUGUAGUGAUCAACUCUCUUUGUCAGUAACUUCGUGACUGCUAAGGUGUCCCUAGACUUGCUACAAGUCGACCUCACGAGUUUCUUAGCCAGCGGAGCGAGCUUUUUAGGCCGCGAAGCAGCCAAGCGACGAAGGCGUAGUGUGCCUUUUCCCUUAAGUAGAGGUGUCGCAUCAAUAGAGGUAACAGAUACAAAGAGUAAGUGAACAUUUUUCCAGGACCAAAAUUUUUGUCCCCUUAAUGGAGGUGUCCCUUGAAUAAAGGUGUCCCAAAGGAGAAUUUUCGUUCAGUAGAUUUACAGUUUGAAGUUGUAAAAAUGGUAUGCCAUUCACACGUUAUGAUGUAGUUCAGCCCAAUAUUUUCUCGCAGCGCUUCACCUACAAUUUGGAACCUCUAGUUUAUUAAUUAUGUUGUUUCAUCUUCGCUGUUGUUCAUUUUAAGUAAUUUGUUGGACUGGUGGCAAUUUAAAUUUUUUCAAAGAUUAGUUUUAUUCUGCGUUUGUAGGCUGUAAUUGAAGGGAAGUGGCCGUCGAAAACGACAAGCUCGCAUAUGUGGAAUAAGCUGAGAAAUUUUUUUGCUGCUGUGUAUGAACUUCAAAGACUGGGAAAACUAAGAAGCAAAGCAGGUAAACAAUCGGUGGAAGGUGUCAGUACUGAAGUUUGAUUUAACACUCCCCUAGCAACGAGAACAAGUUUUCUCACCCCUCACUACUUUCUUCAAGCCAGCUUGGAACAGGUUUUUCCGUUUGGGAGAAGGGAGCUUAAAAUCCCGAGGAGACAGCAAUGGAAAAAUUGGAAGAGGGGAAGUGGGGGAACGGCCGCCAUUUCCCCCUCUUUAGCUAGUCCUCGCUCGACUCUCUUCGUUCGCUGUUUUUUGUUUUCCUUUUUCUGCACCAAGGAACCUGGUCUGUCUAAGGCUACCUUUCUCUCACUUGCCAAGCUGUCUCACCCCUCCCCCUCAACAUACUGUCUAGCUCCUCCCCAUCAGCAUCCUCAUCAGUCUGUCUUCCUCCUCCCCAAACAAGUCAUGUUUACCAUAACUACAGGUGGAACGGAUCGGUGUGUGAUUGCAGCUCUUGUCUCGUGUGUUUUUUGCUGUCUUCCCCCUUAUCUUCUAUUUGCUGAUUGCUCCUGAAGACUGUAGACUCCUGUGCCAACCGUCUGUAUCCACCGAUAUGCCGAAAUUAUAUCCCAUAUAAAAAACAUGUACCCGUAUAAACAGUCCAAUAAAUUAGUUACAGUCUGCAAUCUCGCGUUGUUUUGAAGAGUGUUCUUUCGUUUUUUACUUGUUUGUUUGUUUGUUUAUGUUGUCCUGUUAUUGAUUCAAAUCACACUUUUCCUAGAUUCCUUAUCACCAUCAGGAUCAAGUAAUGAUCUUGAUGUUACAGACUCACCAAGGAGAGGAAUGUCCCUUCGGAAACCUGACCGAUCACGCACUCCAUCACGCGAGCGUGAGAAAGCCUUGUCACGCGAACGCUUGCUUGAUCUCGGUGAAUCAAAUGGAACUGAAGGGAGACGCACUCCUGAUAGAGAAAUCAAAUCAAAAAGAGAAAGAACGAUCAGCGAAAUGUCUUCGGCGUCUGAAGCCGCGGAUAUGCUCGACGUUUCCUUAACGUCGAUCGAUGGCACAGCGUUUUCGCAGAAGAGGCGGUUAAAUUACGGUAGAACAAUAAGCGAAACGUCGGUUCUGUCCGCCGCUCAUUCGCAGCUUUUCAUCAGCGCAAGUAGCGAGGACUCGGAUCCGUAUGAAUAUACAACCAAGAUGUUAGAUGAAGUGAUAUUUGGACUCCCGCUGGGCCUACAGCCCGACACCGCGCUUGAAGCAGUGAUAUGCUCUUGUAACCAGUGUGUUAAAUGCAGUAGAUACUUGUAUGAUGAAGAGAUAUUAGCAGGUUGGACGGCAGACGACUCCACUUUUACUACAACGUGAGUGCUUUUUGAAUCCGCCCAAGUUCCCCGCAUUCCAGAAUCCACAUAGGGGAUGGGUACAAGCUUUCGGCACAACGAUUUCUAGGAUCGUAUGGUUGCCUUGAAUACCAUCAACCAAUCAUAGCUAACGCUUGUGCACCCAAACAAUCCCAGAAAUCACUGCGCCCUAAACUUGUACCCAUUCUCCCUAGAGGUUUUGGAGUGGGGAAUAUGAUUUAUGUAAGCAACGAGUUGUAAGAGUCAUGUGAGUUGGAGGCUGCGUAACCCGCACCGGUGAAUUUCUGGGAACAUGUACUAGAUUUUAUUUUCUCUCCAUAUAUUUAUUUAUUUUCGUUUAUUGUCAAAGCCGCCAUUCCUGUCUCCUGAAGCGUUUGUAGUAUUAGAAAAGCCGUCAAAGACAUUGUGCGGUUUUAGCUGGAGGAGACGUGAUGCUGAACUUUGUUUAGUACUCGGCCGUCAUGACGUCGAACCAUAGUUAGACUAGGCUGAUUUUCCAAUAGAAUGGGAACGUCAGUUGACGACGGCGCGCGCCAACCAAACAAUUGGCAUGACUAAUGACAGAACGGCAAAUUGCGCAACGGAGGUCACGUUCAGUCCUUUCCGCGCGCUUUCCCGUCGUUAAUUGACGUUCCCGUUCGGUUGCUUAAUCAGCUUACUUUUAACUCUUUUGUACUCAGUUGAAGGGGAUAUGACUCAGAUUUAAACUUUUUUGAACAUGUUUUUUUCUUUUCGGUGACAAAAAGAUUACAUAAAGGUAGGUUACUCACCAAAAUUUCAGCUUCUAAAGAGCUUUCCAACCCUAUGAAAUUCUCGUCUAAAGUAGCUCGAAAUUCGAGAAUCGGGGGCCGCCAUCUUGGAGAAUUCCUAGCAGCCUGUUGUCGAGUACGUGACAGACAGAUUAGAUCACUCAACAUUUUUGGAUUGUGUUUUUUGCGGCCAUGUCUUCUUGUGCAGCUCCGAAACGAAGAAACAAGAAGUUUUGAGUGAUUUAACAAACUUAGGUUGAGCGCAUUGACGUCACACGCUUGUCACCAGGCUGCCAAGAGUUCGCCAAGAUGGUGGCCCCCAGAUCUCGAAUUUUGGGCUUCUUUAGAUGAGAAUUUCAUAGGGUUGGAAAGCCCUUCGGAGGUCGAAAUUUUGGUGAGUAACCCACCUUUUUAUAAUCUUCGUUUUGACCAAAAGAAAAAAAUCCUGCCACCUUGGAAUGAACUUCUCCUUUAAUAAACGUUGACGUGUUUUCUUGGUUAUUUCUUUCAGUUGUCCUCACUGCCAAACUCAGCAGGUAGCAAGUCUCAAUAUUAAAAUCAAGGUAAGUUCUUUGAAACAAAUGGUGUUGUGCUUGGUAAAGGACAUCAACAGCGGCCAUUAAACGCAGGGCGCGGAAAAAAUCCAGGCCGGUAAUCUGGAAAGGUAGAUUUUCUUGCUGGUGCGGUAACUUUCUUGUCCAAUGGAUGACGGUCCAGGCAAGUCAACCUCUAACAAAAUCAUUAACUAAGUACAGCAAGAAGUGGCUGCGGGUGAGGGAAAUGUGAGAGCUGUUUGCCCAAAGGUACAGGCUGGAAAUCAAGUUAUUUUCGAGCCCUGUAAACGCCGACAUUGCAAUUUGUUUUUAUCACACUCCUCUUGUAUCACAGUUUUCAUUUAUGUAAAUUUGCCAUUUUUGUCUUCUGCCGCGGUAAUCUAAAUCUUCUGAAACGUUUGUAAGGGAAGAGUUUGCGUAUAGAAUGCAACAACUUUGUAUUCGACCUCGUUGAAAGUAAAUGAAUCCAUGACGACAAUUUCAUUUCCUUAAUCUGAACUUUUUUCGUUACCUUGUGCGAAGUAUAACCAAAGUUAGUGCUCUAAUAACUUAAGUUAAUCUCGUUGUAGGAUUAUCGAAAUUGUUUUUCGUCUCAUCCAAGUUCCGAGUUGUCAUCCAGCAUUAACAGCUUUGGAAGCUCCGAACUGCUGCCGAAUCCCGAUGAUGAGCCGAAAUCUGGACAUCUGAGCAACUCCGUUCCUACUACGAUCGAGUCCAGUCUUCUUAUGCAGAAGCUGGCCAAUCCCUCGCGGCCACUCAGUGCUGCUAUGUCUCCUCCAGCGUCUAACCCAGUCCCUAUACGAGCUAGUCAUCAUCGAGUGCGGGGUUACAGUAUAAGUGCACCCUCAAGCGCUAAUGCUAGUCCUUCUGGGAGCCUUCACGGGAGCCCGAGGCCUGGGUCGUGGAUACAACGCACGCGCAGUAGUAACAGUACGUGUAGCUAUGGAAGCAGCUGGUAUGGUAAGCGGAAAAUGCAAAAAUUAUUUUAUUUUAUUACGAUGAAAUUAGAUUAUACUUUGAUUCGACCUGGAGGUAAGAAGUUAGUCGAACACUACUCGUGACAAACCUUUGUUAUGUUCAACUUCUUUGACCAACUUCACUUUUCUGGCUUGUGCUUGUGAACUGAAAACUAGUUAUUUCAUCCCAUCAACUCUAUUAGAAUGUGGGUAUUGCUCCUAAGCUUUGAAACGUUGUGGGAAAGCAUAAUCCAUGCAGGUAUCAACCUUUUCAUGAUCAGCCAUCGAACAUUCGCACCCAGAAUUAGUUGCUUUUAUCAAAGUUUGUGAUACCAUGAUGCUGCGACUUCAAAUUUCGCUUUUCUUUUUUACACGCGGCACUAACAGUUGCCCUGUGGGACCGAAAACAGCAUGGCCAUUCAGUUAAUUUGCCACUCCGUAAAGUAAAGGGAGAGUGACUGAAAGCUUUCUGUCCAGCGAUUUCUGGGAUCGUUUGGGUGGGCAAAAGCAAUCAAUUAGAAAUAGUUAAGAUGGAUAAACAGUCAGUCUGGCAGACAGGUAGACAGACAGGCAGACAGACAGGUACACAGACAGACAGGCAGGCAGACAGGUAGACAGACAGGCAGGCAGACUGGUAGACAGAUAGACAGAUCGACAGACAGACAGGUAGACAGACAGACAGAUAGAUUGAUUGAUUGACUGAUUCACUUUUAUUUGAAUACGGUAAUUUCAUAAGUUACAUAACUUUACAUGAAAGCCGUAUACAAACAGAAGUAAAUACCGUACAACUACACUAAAAAUAUGUGCAAAUAAUAAAAUAUAGUAAAAUGUAGUCAACAGUUUGCCUGCCCACUAGCCAGUUUUCUUUUAAAGAUAGCUUUAGAUUCGGACGCUUUUUUUUUAUUUGGUAAUGAAUUCCACAGCAUUCCUCCUCUGUAUGAGAAAGACCCUUUAUAAUAUUCUGUUUUUGGAACGUGGUCCAGUACAACAUUAUAUUCCGUAUUUCUUAGCAUGGACUUAUAAGGGUUGUUCUCACAGACAUUCGAGAAAAGAUCGCUUAAGUAACUAGGUAUAUUUCCGUUCACUGUAUCGUACAUUAAUAGACUUAAGUGCCUUUGACGCCUUGAGGCAAGCUCUUCCCAGUUUAGUUGUUUUCGUACUUGUCCUGAACGAACGUCAUAACCUUGAAAAGUUAUUAUGCGUGUAGUACGAUUUUAUAAUUUCUGGAUCCUAGUGGCAAGUCCCUGGUCUAAAUUGUCCCAAACAACGUCGCAGUAGUCGAACACAGGCUGGAUAAGAGAUUUGUAAAUAGUAUUUAGAACAUCUAAUAGUACAUAAUCACGUGCCUGUUUUAGAGCACUGAUGGAUCGAUUGACUUUUGAACAAAGUUUGUCAACAUGCUCGUUCCAUUUAAGAUUUUCAUCCAAGUGAAUUCCUAAAUAUUGUUUGGACUCGUUUAACAUGAUUUUUGCCAAUCUUAAUUGGAAAAUCUCUUCCUAAGUUAGAUAAUUUGAAGGUAGUUGUUAAAAACAUGUACUCCGUUUUAGUGACAUUUAAGCUUAACUUAUUUGCAAGAAGCCGGUCCCUAACGCGAGUUAGGUCAUUAUUUACCUUGGCAUAUAGUUCAGCAGUGGAUACAGAGGACGCAUAUAUCGUGGUAUCAUCGGUAUACAUGUGUGCUUGGUAUUGAGAAGACAUCCAGGGAGAUCAUUAAUAUGUAUUAAAAACAGCAAAGGGCCUAAAAUUGAACCCUGUGGAACUCCACAACUUAUCAACUGGGGCUUACCCGAGUUCCCUAGGGCGUGACAACUUUUAAUACAUUUUCUUACAAAACGUAACGAAUCUUUCAUAUGAGAAGCAAAAAGUUGGCUAAAAGGGUUAUCCGCCUAGCUGGGUCAUCCUUUUGCGAUGAUAGGGUCCCCCUCCUAGCCGGUUUUCCGGGUCAACUCGGUCAAGGGGAGACAAUUAGAGCAUGCGCGAGCGCUGUCGUCAACUUUUGGACAGGGCAAAAGGGUAACUUUUUUCUCAAAUUACGCUGAAGUUGACGCGGCAGAGAAGGUGACCAUUCUACCCGGGACAAGUUUUCUCCAUAUAAACGGGGUCUGUCUGCCUGCCUGUCUGUCUGCUUCCCAUUAUUUUCUUUAAUUGGUAUCUUAACAUUGACAAAGGCAUGACCAAUUUGAUUGUGCUUCUUGAUCUUGCGAAAGCCUUUGAUACCGUUUCACAUAAUAUUUUAUUUAAAAAGCUUGAGCUCUGUGGUCUGAAUGGUGUAACGCUCGACUGGUUUUCAUCGUACCUAUCAGAUAGGCAACAGCAGUGUGUAGUAGAGGGCUGUGUAUCUAGGCGAGUUACCGUUCUCACAGGGACAACUUUUCUUUAUAAAAACGGGGCCAUAGAUUGAUAGACAGACAAACAGGCAGAUCGCUCGACAGUUAGUUUUUAUUUACCCGGGUAAUAUUAUCAGCUUGCACUGUUUUUUGUUUGUUUGUUUGUUUGUUUUUUGUGUUUUUCCCAAUAAAUGCUGCAUAAAUUUAUCAAGGCUUUUGUUGGAUCAUCAGGAUCGUUUAGUGAUUGAUCACAAUUUGUAUCUCCUAAAAUAUAAACCUGAUCCCUUGAUUUAGGGAAACCAAUCUACCAGAAAAUUGUUGGAAACUUUCGAAAAAUAUUCGUUGCUGCUAUUAUCGAACUAAACCGUCCUAGAAAUCUUUGUGCCAAUGGCUUGCUCCUUUUCCCCCUGUGGCUUAUUCCGUGGUGGAUUAUAUAAAAAUGUUUAUUUCUUGCUAAGUAUUUGCUCACCACGCCCCGAGCGAAGUCAUGUGAUUAAUGUUCACUUUUUUCCACCCGAUUUGGGCAUAUUUUUAUGAGAUGAAUGAAUGAGCAAAUGAAUAAAUAUUCUUGUGUUGUCUGUAUUUCAGUGUCCAGACCGCCUGAGGAAAGAGAAUUGAUCACUGUUACCUACCUUAAUCCCUUGGUCUUGAGAAAAGAACUGGAAAACAUGUUCGAAAAUGACGGAGUAGAUAAACUCCAGUCUCCAAACGUAGUUCACGAUAAGACUGACAUCUUUUGGAAUUUGGUGAGUAGAGAUUGGAAGUACAUUUUCUACUUAGUUAUAGAACGUAGUGCUCUUGUAGCUUGAUUUCGUAGGUCGCUAAGAGAAUUUUACACAGAAACUUGUUAUUUCAAAGCCAGAACUUCGACAGCAUUGUUAGUGGUACUAAAGGAACGUGGCUGCGAAAUUGCUGCCUCUCUUGUUAUUUAAGGAAGCUUCAUUUUAACGAUCAGCAUAGAACUGAAUGACAAGGAAAAUAACCAACAACAAAUGUUCCGCCUGUCUCAUAACUAUACUCACAUUGUGGGCCUAUCUCCUCUAAAAUAUACAGCGUACAGCCUCUUUUUUAUACGCGCACAAGUCCUGCACACGAGUCCCGAGACGGGAAAAGCGAGAGUGGCAAGCAGAAAAGAAAAAUUUGCGUCUCCCGCCCCGCGCACUAAAUCGCUUACGUAGCCUUUUCCUUCUCACGUGAGUUUCACUCGAAGGUCGUAGAAAAUGAAUAAACUGCUUGUUGUCUCGUUCUAAAACGAGAGCUGGUAGAGGAUUACCAGUAGCGGGAUUGCACUAAUUAAUUAAUCAUCUUACAGGUACUGCACUUAGAAAUUCUCUGGAGCAACAACUAUUUAUCGUCUGUCUUCUUAGAAUACAUAUUUGUUCUUUUGUAGGUUUGGUAUUUCAAGCGGCUUGAUCUUCCCUCGCAUUUGACUAGUCACCUGUUGGCUACCUACCCUUGCAACGAAAAAGCUGACCGGUUAGAGGUAAGUGACGAGAUUACAGUGUUUACUAUCCUUUAGGCGAAGACCGUUUAUUUCUUGCAAAAUAUUGGGGAGCUUAAACAACAACAACGGCGACGGGUACGAAAACGUCACGUAAAAAGUAAAUUUGCGCUGCUUCAAAGUCUAUGACCGCCGCGCUUAUUCCAUCUCGUUCAAUGCGUUUAAUACUGGCAGAUUUUUCUGGAAUUUAAUUCUAAAAACCUGUAUCAAAGUUAAGGAAAAGAAAACAUAAAGUCGUUGUCUCUCUGCAAAACGAGGAAUUUGGCACUUUCACGCCGUAGUCGUUACUGAAGCUCCUCACUCUCGUACAGGAGAUGCUAACAGUUUCUUCAAAGUUUUUCGUCCAUUCCUAAUGACAAUUCUUACCUGUCUCAUUAUUUCUUGUUUUGGGCAUGGUGGGGAGAACUUUGGCGAAUGAUUGCAUAGUUAAAUGCAUAGGAAACUUUCAAUAUACGCAUGCUCCCUUGUAUGAAACGCUGACUAGUAGUUGUCAUGUGACAGGAACGGCGCAGCGUAUCGGUAAUUGGAAGUCAGGUCCUAGUAUCCACAUCUUGGGAUGGAGACAGAGAAGAAUAUGACAUGGUCCCCCUCUAUGUCCUCUGGAACGCUCCAGGUAAGUUAAAUGAAUCUUUUGUUUUGGCUCUGGAAUUUGCGCAAAUGAAAUGAUCAACAGCUACGUCCAGAAAUAGUCAGAAGACCGACUUGCAGCUUAACUGCUGUGUUGCUGGGGCUUCUGGGUAACCCUGGUUGCCCAUACUACCCCGGGUGUCCUAGUGCCGAAAACUGGUGCCCAAUCCCCCCCGGAGGUCAUGGAUGAAUUUGACAUACUUAUAAAACAACUCUUGCCUGAAGAAUGAGAAACAAGAAUUCUGUACGGGGAUUUUGUUGUUAUGCUAUUAAUUUUUGGAUUUAUUGUUGGUUAACAGCUGACCAGCAAGGCUCGCUGAUGGACAAAGGACUAACAACAAGGAGGUACACGCUGCGCAGAGAACGUUUAAUUUAAUUGCUUAGAUUUUUUCAUCUUUUCACAUCAUCUUUCCAAACCACGACUUAUUCAUUCUUUACCACAACUGAUCUAGAAAGUAAAGUCGUUAUUUUUUCGUAUAUGCUAAAACAGUGGAUAGUGCUUUUCGUGCGCUCUGAUUGGCUACUCAAGCACGGGAUAUCCAGUGCUGUUCACCUCUGAGCGACGCUAGAGUCACGUAGGUUACGAGUAAAUUGGCUUUCCGGUUUGCUGCCGUAACAAACGGCAAAAUUUCACAAAUAAACGAGAAAGCUGUUACUGACAACACGAACAAGGCGACGAAAUUCGGUUCGGCAGUUUUUACAAGUGAACCUUUGCCUGUUUAACCUUUAUUUAUCGAUGAAAGCGGUGAAAAAAGUUUUUUGUUUUCAUGUGCAAAUUAAGUCUUGCAUUACUUUAUUUAGCUGGCAUGUUCAUAAAUAAGCUUAAAACUAAAUUAAAUGGGUUUUUUUACAGAAUGGUUUCAAAUACAGAAAGAAUUCACAACCCUUUUUGAAGAAAUGUCCCCGCAGGAACUAAACAAAUGCCUUUAAAAGUGUUAUUUUUCGGCAAGAUAACGUGGCGGCAGUUCGAUUAUUUUCGCGCCAAAAUUGUAAUCGUUGACAGCAGUAAAUGAGUUAAAAAUCGUAAGUUUUGUGUUCAAUUAUCUCACUGUUUUAGUAUGUACUAAAACAAUUAUUCAACUCAGUGUCGGUGGCUAGUGGUGGGUAUUUUCCUCGCCGCGAAUAUCCACAACUAGCCACCUCCACAUCUGUGAAUAAUUGAUAAACACCAAGGCAAUGCAUCAUCAAGGUCAGAGCGUGGUACUGAAGUGAAAAGCAAGGCAGGAAUUUUCUGCCAGAACAGAGAGUUGAAGCCCCAGGCACUCACUUUUUAGUCUUGUUCGACACCGUUUUUCUCUACACAGGCUGAAAAACGAUGUAAACGCUACAAAACUUCGCCUUCUAAUUAGCCUGCUUACCAGGCAAUCGAAUGAGAAGUUAGGCCCGCUGAAAGGCCAAGGGUGGCCAUCGUGUUCUCGUGGGCCUGGUUUGACCCCUCUUGAACGCCGGAUAUGCCGGUUAUCUUUCUAUGUUUGUGGUUGUAACUACCAUAGGAAAUAUACAGCGCUGUUUUUUGUCCACGCUGAUAGUGUUUCGUUGCUUUCUUUAGUGUUAUGCAGUCCGUUGUAGCUCAUAUUCAAGAGAAUGAUGUCGUAAACCCAACCCUUAUCCUUCUAGAGGAAAGGAACCGUCAAAAGAACAUUAAUCCCAAUGCGAGAUGGUAUGUAUGCUCUGAUAUUUACCUCUAUAUUUCCCGAAACCUUUUGCCCAAUUGCUCCCGAGAGGUGAGCACGAUGAAAAUUUGUCCUUUUACACAAUGGCCACGAGGAUUUGUUGAUGAAUUUGUCACACAUAAUGGAGUCAUGUCAUUCAACCUUAGUCAACGACCAAAACUGUACCUUUUCUUUUUCGUGUUAACACAAUUGACGUCGGAUGAUCAUAGUAGGGAGCUUAAGCAACCAUGACAACGACGCCGACGCGAAAGUUUUUUUGUGUAUGCGUGCGUGAGUGUGUAAUUUAUUAGCUUUUAUUAUUUGUUUUCCCACCUAAAUAGUGAAUACAAAACAAAAACAAUUAACAAAUUACUUCAAAAACAGUACAAAACUCGAACUAUCCAAACAAAUUUCGAUGUACGCUAUUUAGAUAACAACCACCAAAAAAAUACAAAUUAACAUAGAAAACAUUCACAAUGCCAUCAACAGGAGAAAAGGAAAAAAAAAUACAACGAUGGUCGAGACAUUAGUGUUACAUGCAAACUAUCAUUAAUUAUAAACUUACGUAAAGUGAAACGCAUAUGCGGGACACUCCUUCUACGAGCUUACAAAUGGCAAAAAUUUCUUCCAUUUCUUGAAAUGUGUGCUAACGCGAAAGCUAAUAACAAGCAAAACGACGCUCUGCGUAUGCAUCACACUUCUUGGUACAUUUCUUUGAAGUCCACUGCAGGACUGCGACGUGAGAUUUCCUAAUGCGACUUGAUUUAUCCAGGACGUGAAGCCACGACGAUGAAUUUUCCAGGCUUCGCACCGUCUUGAAAAGUCCUUGAAAUUUAGGGGAACGCCUUAAAAAGUCCUUGAAUUCCAUUUUUCCUUGAAAAGUCCUUAAAUUUCUGUGCAAGUCCUUGAAAGGUCCUUGAAUUUUCUUCAACUUUGAAUGUAGUGGCCUGGAAAGAAUUUUUUGAUGCUUUUCGUUUGUGUGUAAGACAGAAUGUUAAUCAUAGCUCAGAGAAUUUAAACUUUAUUUACAUAAAGUACUCUAUGUUUUAUGCAAUAAUUAACUAUCAGUUAAAGACAAGUGAACUGAAAAAUGUAGAGAAGUUGAUGAAGCAAACAUUUUAUGCCUUAGUCUUAUUAGAAUAUACUGGGAAUGUGCAUUUUUAUACAAUCUGUGAAAUAAAAUUCCUAGCAGGUGGUCCUUGAAAAUCUAAUUUGGUUCUUGAAAAGUCCUUCAAAUGUCCUUAAAAAAUGGUUGCAUUUUUUUGUAUGAACCCUGUUUUCCUUUCUCUUUUUAUUAAAUCGGAUAUCGUCCAGCCCAAGCACUCAACUCCCUGAAAAUUCGUGCACAUUUGACAAAUUAAGCGAGACUUAACAAACGCGAUAAAAUUUGAAAGAACGGAAAUUCAUUUUUAGAGACAUUAUCACUGUCGCCCUCCUCAUCGUUGUCUAAGCUCCCUCAUCUGACCUCACUGACAUUCAAAGUAUUGGAAAGAAAAACACCAUUAUUGUUAAUCAGGUGGUCUAGAUGGAAAAUUUAGCGGGUAAGCCGUAAAAAGCUGUAUAGAUUCAAAAUAUUUGAAGAGAAAAACGCAAUUAUUCCUAUUCGGGUGGACUAGGUGGAAAAUGUGGUAAGGAAACCUAAUGAAGCUGUGAAGCUUACAUUAUAGACAAGAAAACACGAAAUGAGUUUUAAUUUGUGGUCUAGUGGGUUUGGUUUAGCUUUGGACCAGCUUUUCCAUUCUCAGAAUGGCCCAUUUAUGUUUACGUACAGUGAUUAGGUAGCCUGGCGUUUUACAUACUUUUGUCGUUUUCAUUUUUAGGAGUGUGUAUAGAGAGUUACUUUUCUUAUCGCUGACAGCUUGUGGAACCGAAAACAUUGACGUCGGUAAGGGUUUAAAAAAUCGACUUAUUUGCCCUGUUUCUAAAUGUCCUUGCUUUCUUCACUAAGUAGCACUACUCAGCAGUAAGAUUUGGCGGCGUCAAGUUAUAUUAAAGGGGAAAACGCCUCAUCCGGUUGACGUGUGUCACUGAAAAACACCUUUGCUUAAACUCCCUACAAUUUCACCUAAAGUACUGUUAAUACUCUGUUAUAACCUGUGAUCAAGUGAUUUUUUCCCCGCCCCCAAAAAAACGCCUGAUCGCAGGUCAGCUAUGUUAGCACUCUGCAAUUAAUACCUGGUUUAGUUAUUAAGGUAAUUGCGUUGUUGGUUUCCUUUGUCUUAAGAUGCCUUCGACAAAGAGUACAGACGUGCGUAUAAGCGUAUCCUCGAGUCAAAGAACCACUCAGAUCUCCUUUGCCCAGAGGACAGAUAUCCACCGGCCAGAGCCGUGUACUGCAGGCGCACAUUUGACUCUCCCACCCUCCAACCCAAGCUACCGCAGUACCUUGUGAGCUCGUUCACGUGAAAAGGUGGGCAAAACGUCUCCAAGCCAACCAUAGACCACGUGUUAGCCGUGGCACGUUUUUCAGUGAGGAACGGAUGAGCUGUCGUUCUUUGUUUUUGGUGGACCUUCGCAGAUAUCGACAGUCGGAUGCGUCUGUUGUGAAGGUGGUCUAGAGGGCAAUCUUGAAGGAACGGCUUUGCGUUUAGCCUGUCUAGCUAGCAGUUUGUUUGACUAGAGGGAUAAACAGCUUUGAAAACGCGCACGCUUUUCGCAGCUCCACAAACAAAACCGCCAGCUACGCAGCUACUUAACGCGCUGUCCUAAUCUUCGUCUUAGUGUCCAUUCAUAAUGCAGUGAUUCGUCUCAUUCAGAAUGUCGUUAAAUUAUUUUCAAUAAUCCAUGGGAAAUGAUUCAAGCCUUUUAUUUUCAAGGCAUCUGGAUCAUAGGAAAAAAGUUAAACUUUUAUCGGUGACCAUUCCAGAUCUGUGUCCACUGUAGACCGGCUGCAGUCUACUUUUAUCCUUGUGGUUGCUGUUUUGUCUUCUCUCUGGAAAAGGGCGUGCUUUUUGUCAAACCAUACACUCUGAAAUUCUUGCGGAUUCUUAAGAAAAAAACAAAAUUAUUUCACAAAAUUAUUUCACAUUCAUGUCAAUGAGUUUGUAUUUCAGUCGUCUUUUUUAUCAAAUCAUUGCUCAGAGCAUAGUUAAUUGAUUACAGUGUGCCUUGAGCGGAAAUUAUUUUCCCAAGAUUUAAGCGAAAUUCAGUUGAGACAAAUGAAAUUUUAAGAGGUUUAGUGGGGAUUAGCCCUUUAGAAAAAACAGCCCUCUGAAUAUUGAUGAUGUCUACAUAUUUUUAGCGAACCUCGGCAAAUUUUAACAUUUCCUGAAAGUGAAAGCUGAUAAUAUAUUUAUGAAUAUUUGCAGUCGAUUGUUCUGUUAAAUCUAAAGAAGUGAAGAACUAUCAGAAACGUUUACACCAGCUUAUUCCUUCUAAUUUUUUCACUCAUAAAGUAGUUCGAUAUAACGCAAGAAGGCUUCACGAGUACUUAACUCGCCUUGUUUUCUUUCAUUUUUUUAAAAUACCAAGGAGAUCUAAAAAUUUCAAUUCAUUGGACAAGUAGGUAUUUCUUUUUUGGUAAGUCUGUUCACGUGAACGACACAAGCUCAUCACGUGUUUCUCCGUACGAGGGAAAUAUCAGUCUCUUCGGAGUACCAGUCAUUUAAAAAUUGCUGGUGUAGAUGUUGCUAGUUUUAUGAAAGGCAAUACCGGUGGCUCCUUGCUGUCUUUAAAUGUGUGAUGAAUUAUAAAAAUGCUUGGUAGCUUGCUGGUUGUAAUUUAAUUUUAGACGCAGUGUAGGUCAUAAUUUAGUGGGCUCAGUUAGGGAAAAUAUAUUGUUCACGUUGAGUCUUCUAGUGACAGGGGCACCGAACGACGGUUUCCUCCUAAAUACAUUAAUUUUUAGGCUAUCCAGAAUACUUUUAGAUCUCUAGGAAUGCAUUCUAAGCGGCGCUAUAAAAUUUUGUAUCUGUUCGGUCAUCCUGGGGGAAGUCUUUUCGAAAUUACGAGGGCUUCAGAAUUAUUUUCCCGAAAAUUACAUGCGAUUUAACGAAUUACGAAAAAGAGCAUUUUACUGAUUCCUCUCUCCAUCACAUUAAUUGUACAUGAAUGGAACGAUCAUUUAAGAAUUUUUAGCCGUCCUCAAGUAAUAGAAAAUUCUAUGCAAUACUUGCCUCUCCGAACAGAUAUCUUACAGAAAACAGUCGUUGGUUGCCCCUGCAUUAUUUCUUAACUAAAACACUCUAUCACAAAAUUCUCAGGGUAAUUUUAUCGCAGCCGUUUUUUCGGUCGUCACACAACAAUUCUAGCCUAGUUGUCCGUGGCGUUAGUUCGAGAAAAAUGUUGUUUGACCACCUAAAUAGCGGGGCCAUGACAGUCAGAAUGCAAAGUAAGAAUGGCUACACUUCCCUUUUCUUUCCGUGGUAAAGAAAACACGCGCAAGUACGAAAUUGCCGCAUGUAAAGUCGAGGAGCUCGAGGUAGGUGACUGCAGUGUUCCUUAAUUGCCAACACUUCAGAUUUCUCAACCCUUUAAACCCUAAGAGUUAAGAUUUGAAUUCUCAUUUGUUGCCCACACUCAUUUCCUACAGAAUUAAUAGGGAGAAGUUGAUAAAAUAUCAAGCAAAUUCAUCUUGUGUGAUCAUGUCCGUAAUUCUCAUAACCACUCUGUUUUACAAAGCAUUGAUAUUACAAGGAGAAAUUUGUUGCUGAUCACUCUUAGGGCUUAAAGGUUAAAGAAUGCUAUCUUUCUAUCAGUUUUUGUCGCAGUGAUGGCACCAGACAAAUGCCUAUUAAUCUGUGGACGAAUUGCGAUAAGAAGUUACCAUUGGUAACCGUACCUAAAGGAACUCUACGAUUUGAGAGUUUAUGGAAAGAGUUGAGAGCAACCUUGAGUCUUUGAUCAAUAAUGGCGUCUCUAGACCCUUGGUAUAACCAAGGUCGCCCCCAGGUGUCUCUCCUAGCUUGCAUGAAGCGCGCGAUGUUUUUGGGAAGGUACAUUGCAUCACAUGGUGGUCGCGCUUCCUUCCCAUGAGAUCCAGUGUGUUCAGUUUUUAGCGAGAUGCUGGGACCAGUUUCUCUGAAGUCCCUGUAACUUUUCGACCCCGAAGGCCGAAAUCCAGAGUCAAAAGCACGGUCCCCAGCUCAAAAACCAGUCAAUUUUGUUUCGUUUACUCAGAGUUCCAUUGGAACGUUUUCAGAUUCAUUUAAACGAUGAUUUUGGAUCUGAACAUGGAAAACCUAAAACAGUUAAACGGGACUUUCGAGAAACGGACCCCUGGUUUCUGAGAGCGAAGUAGCUGGGAUGUGUUGUUGGCCACCUUUUCUCUCACGUGUUUGAUUUUCUUAAUUGUUUGCUUUUCAUUUAUUGAAACACGAAGGCAAAAAAAGUGGGCUGCUGGCAGUCUUAUGCGCAGAAGGUAUUUACGAUAUCAAGUAUCGAGAAAUUGUGAAUUAUCUUUCAUGUUUAAAGUUGAUGCAUUGUAAGUUAUUAUUGUACAUUUCGAAAUCAUGUCAAUGUUUUUAAAACAAAUUGUACAGCGCUUAUAUAAUUUACAUUGCUGUAAACGCCGAGAUCGUGUUCGUCAGUCUGCAAUAAAAGUAGCUUGCUUUUUAUCUUUGAUUGUUUGGUUGGUUAUGAUCUAUCUGGGCUUUCUAGGUAGUCCCCUAAUUGCAGAAAUUCAACUGCCCUGCAUGGAUCCCCGGAGAGGUUGCUAGGGUACCCGGUACUGCAUUGGCACAGUACCAAACUUCGUUGGA